UCCAUCCCAUUGAUCAGCAAUUGGGCCCCUGGCUGUGUGCAGUUGAGCAUCCACCGCUCUUUAAGUCGACGCGUGUUGCCCUGGCCACUCUCUCUCUCUCUCUGUGUGAGUGUGUGCGCUCACCUACCUAGCCCGGUGCCUCGUCGUCGCAGACCUUUAAAAGCCACCGCGCUCACUAAGUAACAAUGAUGAGCGUUAAGACGUGACAAAAAACGCAACUUCGUGGAAGUUGCCGGACCUCUUGGGAAGAAAGGGUCGCGCGCAAGACGAAGAGGCUGCGUGAGUCCGUUGGUUGUCCGACGUUUCGGAGGAGCUCUCGGUCGCGUGUUUGUCACAAGGCGAUUACAGAAAAGCACAAAGUUCGCGUGGACUUUGUGUAGCUGCUAUUCAUCAAAGGCGCUUCGUGGGUGUAAUAGGACGGUCCUUUUGGGAGCACAAGCCAUUUCAUGCGGUGGCACCACGCAGACAGAACGGGCAUGGCAGGCGAGACGGACGGGUGCCUGAGUCUCUGUGAUCCCACUGAGCCGAAGCGCCACCAGAUGCCCAUCAGACCACGCCCAGUCUGGCAUGAGAGGGAACACGCAAGCUUGCCUCGCCACACACAGAAGGAAAACCAUUGUUUGGAGUCGACGGCCCAGAAAUCUCUGCACCCAAUGCUGAGGAAAAGCUUCGGCCUGGCAACGACUUCGCAGUGCAAGCUCAACCGGGCGGCCACCGUCACCGCCACGGCCACCUCCAUUCCUCGCGGGGCUCCCGCGCCCCACGACCUCCUGGACGCCGCCACGGCCGCUGCCCUGACAGCGACGCGUGCGCGUGCCUCGGCGGCGGGGCGCGGGCCUGGCACGCGCGACGCGUCCUGCCUGGAGCGGCUGCUGGCGGCGGCCGAGCCGGGCGCGACGGCGGUGGAGGGCCCCGAGCGUCCCUGCGCGAGCUGGGAGCCGGAGCGGCCGGCUGGAGAUGAGGAGUUGGCGUGGCCCGAGGGCCGGCGAGAGGUCGAUUGCCCGGCUCAGUGCAGCCGCAAGGACAAGAGCCUGGGUCUGCUGAGUCUGCGAUUCCUGCGCAAGCUGCCGCCCUACGCCGGCCCCACGCACACUCCGGACGUCAGCUUGGACCACGCCGCCUCUCAGCUUGGCGUCGAGCGCCGCCGAAUCUACGACAUCGUCAACGUUCUCGAAAGCCUGGAGCUCAUGAGCCGCGUGGCCAAGAACCGCUACAGCUGGCACGGCCGCGACAGCCUGGUGCGCACCCUGGACGACCUGGAGCACGAGGCCCGGCGCCAGGGCUAUCCCGCCAGGCUGGAGGGCCUCCUGCGAGCCGGCGCGCCCAAGACGACGCCGGGUCGCGGCAACGCCGGAUCCGCCGCCUGCUCGCCGAUGGAGCAGGGGGGGUCACCCGAGCGCGGGGUGAACACGGAGCCGGGCCACCGCGAAGACAGCACGGGCCGGGCGGUGUCAGGAUCCAGAGCUCCUGCUGCUGGCAGCCGGAAAGAAAAGUCGCUGCGCAUGAUGAGCCAGAAGUUUGUCAUGCUCUUCCUGGUGUCGUGGUCAAGAGCCAUCAGUCUGGACAUGGCGGCACAGAUCCUGAUCUGUGACGGUAAACCCGACGACGGCCACAGCAAGAGCACCUUCAAAACCAAGGUGCGGCGCUUGUACGACAUCGCCAACGUGCUCAGCAGCCUGGGCCUCAUCCGAAAGGUGCGACUGACGGACGGGGGAGGACGCAAGCCAGCCUUCCAGUGGAUUGGAGUCGGCGGAUCCGGAAAUCUAGACGAAAACCGUGUGGGGAACAAUUCGUUGGUGGCGCACCCGCUCCAUCCGCACCAAACCGCGGGGGCGUCGACGGCCGCGAGUGCGGACGAGCCGUGGCGGGGGAAGCCGCCGCUGCGUUCAAGCCCUCCCGACAGCCCGGAGAGACCGGGGACGUCGCCUCCUCGCUCCCCCGUCCCGUCGCCGCGGAAGUGCCGACGGACCGGCACCAAAGGGCAGCCGCAGCCUUCCCCGGUCAGCCCGCAGUGCGAGCUGCCCACAGCCGAGCCGUGCCCUGGCGUUCCAGUGCCGCCCGCGGCAGCUGCGUCGCCUGUCAGCACGGACGAAGAGGAACAAGAUGGUGAUGAUGCCGACGAUGAUGCCGACGACGACGACGAUGAUGAGUCGCGACACGCGGAGGAGAAUGGGCAUUACCGGUGCUCCAUUAGCAAGAGACAGUGGGCUGCAAUGCUUGGCUUGCAAGAGGUCCCGCCCCAGGGCACUCCAAACGCCAGCAAGAGAUUGAAACGCCUCCCAAGGGCCCGCCACCCAGCUGAAUACAGCACAGAGGUGUCCUUACAAGGCAGGAGGUUGCUCAGAAUGGCCAGAGGAAAGACCGGUGCCCCCACACGCCGCCAUGAAAGGACUGACAUGUUCUCAAAAAGACACUCAGCGACUGAAAAGAAACCCCAAAAGACGAGGACUUCACUCAAAUCCAAACAAAAGCCUCUGCCCGACCCUGCUCGUGAUGGACUAACAACCGGGACGUGCGGGCAGCUUCAAGAGGCAUCUGACGGAACUCGCAGCAUAACCAGCUCCGCCGAUGAAGGGGAACACAACAAGAAGGACGCUGCAGGCUCGGAGGCCAAGAACGAUUGCCAGGAAUCCCCAAACAAACACUUUCCAAGAGGCAUCCCGAUGUUUUGUCCAGCGUUCUUCAGCAAUGGUGUUUCAGAGCCAAUGAUGCCAUCCCUUUGCUGGAUUCCUUUUGGCUGUGAUCCAGCUGUGACGGGCUGGCCCAGUGGGGAACCAGCGAUGCACCAGCAACGAUCGCAACACACAGCAGGAAACACCCCUACGUGCACAAGCUCAGGUUCUAUACCAGCGCCCUACCUCGUGCCCCUGCCCAUGCAGGGCUUCCCCGCGUGCAUGGUACCACCUGGCUUCUUCACGCUUGGCACUGCCCCCCAGGGUCUCGGUGGCGGAGCAGAGGGCCCCUUCUGUGGCAUUCCAUGGCCCAACAUGGGGAUGUUGCCGGGAACAGGAAUGCCCUUUCACAUGGGCCCUGUAGCCUGGCUUCCUGGGUGCGAUUCGCACUGAACAAGAAGCACUUCUCUCUUAGAUUCUUAUUUUUAUGUCAUGGAGAAUACAUGUGUUUAUUUAUUUUUUACAAAUGUACAUAUGUAGGAGGACAAAGCGAAUUUUACCUGUGUUUACUUACAUCAAAGGUGCCUAAAAUUAGUAUUUUACUUUGAAUUAUCACAGCAAGGGAAUGCCCUGCACAUGGGACCUGAAGCAUGGCUUACAGGGUGAGAUUUACAGAAAUCAAUACAUUCUUUCUUAGAUUAUUAUUUUAUGGUGAUGAAAAAUAGUGAUGUUUUUAUUGCGUAUGUAUGUUUUACACAUGUACAGAUGAAGAUGGAAAAAUAAAUGUAUGUAAGUUUACUCUUAUCAAAGGUGCCUAAAAUUAGUAUUUUACUUUAAAGGAGGGGGGCUGGUGGUAGUUUUCAAGAAUUCCCAUAUCAACAUAUCAUAAAAGUGGAAGUUUUUAAUUAAUUAUACAUUGCUGAAAUAAUAUUUAAAUGCCUUCGUUAACAAAAAAUAUCGUGAAAAAAAUUUCAAUCCAAUUACGUAUAUAGCCUCAUACAGAAGGCCUUGUGAGCAGUUUAGUCUCUAGAACAAAUGAUCAUUGUGUUUGUUGUUGUUUAACUUCGCUUGAGUACAAGCCAUGGAGUAGUGGUGCAGUCGUUAGCGCAGUGAGCUAUGAAUUUGGUGACCUGAGUUUGAUGACCGCUCAAGGCAAUCAUCAGUGGCUAGUGAUAUAUGAACCAAUUCUGGUAAUAUCUCUCAUUCACCGACCCAAAAUGGACAAUGUGGUGAGGCAUGGUCGAACAACCUCCACGAUUGAAAGAUGUGAGAAGGCCUACAUAAGUUAAUUAACAAAGUGCUAUGACUGAUUAAUUAGACAAUGAUUGCAAGCCAUACCUUAAUAGAGUAUAUAUUUUUUUACAAAACUCUAUAUGUAUAGUUACUUAAAUCAUAUUAACCCUCCACUUACACUAACAAAAAUGUGAUUACCAAUUAUAUGCAGUGUAUGCGUGCUGUUUUGUGUUACGCAUGGGCACAUUUACUCUAAUUUAGAAAUACGACCUGGCGUUUGCUCCGUGUCUGUUUAUAACUUGUCUAAUGUAUUUGCUGGAAUCGUGU